GUUUGAAAGUCUGGCACAUGAUAGUUCGGUCAGGAACGGAUAUCAAUAUGGCUGUCACCGAGGUCGGCUGCAUGGGCGUUAAGCCUUCAUUUGAUGUCACAAACGACGCCACGGCAGAGGGCCAGAUUCUGACCAAAUUGUACAACUAUGUUAUCACUGCGCCCGGAGGACCAAAUCAGGUGUAUUGGGGCCUUGAGGCUGAGGAUCCGAGCUACCUUUGGGGAUUCUUUGACUGGAACUCAAUUGAAGAUCAUGAGAAUUUCGCUAGGACACUAGGCCAGGAAGCCGUAAAGGAUAUGCCGAAAAUCCUCAGCCGUGGCUUCUUUACGAAGCACAUUACGGCCACGCCAACUCUAUCAACCGCUCUGCAAUCUCGUGCGACAGAAAUAAUCCUGGCUUAUUUCCCUCAAGAUAUCUCAUCAACCCAGAGAGAUUCAGCUAUUGGACGUCUCCAGAAUUUCGAGGACGACCUCAAGAGCCUCUCGGGCAUCCAAGCAUUGAGCUACGGAUGGGGCGUGGAGAAAGACUUUCCCGUGAGAGGUGGUUCAGAUGAUCAGAAAGCGUCUAUUCUCAUGUCCUUUGCGGGGCUUGAUAGUACUGGUGCACAGAGAAAUCUUAGGGAGUCGUUGGCAUUUGAGAAGCUGUUACGCUUGAUGCGGAGCAUGGAGGGGAUCAUCAAACUGGAGACUUUCUCUGUCAAAUUCCGAUCCCUGGCUCGCGACACUAUGGCGGAGAAGUUUUGAGGAUGUCUUAUUUCUCUGCUGAAAUUGAACCCCUCUACUGAUCUCCAUCCUAGUUCCAUGAUGCAGGUUGUGAUGUCCCGAAUAUGUAGAUUUAUCUUCGUAUUUCUGGGCCCACCGGGCUCUCGUCCAAGCACUAGGAUUCAAACAAAAAGCCAAGGUCUUCAUCGAGUAGUCAAGCAAUCGGAG